AUGAGUGUCGGUGUUGAUGUUGAUGUCGUUAUUGUAGGGGCUGGUGCAGCAGGAAUUGCAGCAGCGAUCGAACUUCAUAAGAAAUCUGUACCUUUUGUUGUACUGGAAGCUCGUAAUCGUAUUGGUGGUCGAGUGUGCACAGAUCGGGAGACAUUCUCCCCGUAUCCUGUAGAUCUUGGUGCAAGUUGGAUUCAUUUAUAUGGGCCUAAAAAUCCGAUGUAUUCAUUUUAUCAACAGUUGAAACAUACCAAAUUAGUCGAUUUAUAUAAUGAUAAUGACGACGAAGACGAAGACGAAAAUGAUUUGGAGCAUCAGUCGAAAACAAUAUGCGCACAAUUAUUCGCCUACAUGGAGAAAUUUGCUUCAUCAAAUGGACAACAACAAGAUCAAAGUAUAGAAUCUGUAAUGAAAUUAGAAUAUGAGCGACUUGUUGGAUCUCAAAGAGAAAUCAAACGUCUUGUAGAUAAUUAUUUUGCUGAUAUUGAAGUUUAUGAAGCAUCAGACUUUAAUAAUCUCUCUGCUGUGCAAUGGGAAACAGUGGACACGAGUUCAAUAUCUGACAAAUGGGUUUCAUUUGGUUACGGAACUAUCCUUGACGAUAUUGUCAAACAACAUAAAUUAUCAAUUCGACUAAAUACGUUGGUAAAACACAUUGAUAUACGUAAUUCUGAUCGUAUCGUCAUUAAUACAGCAUUAGAUGAUUAUCCGAUCGUCUGUCGUCGUGUCCUCAUCACCAUUCCAUUAGGUUGUUUGAAAAAAGAGACGAUUACAUUUGAACCACCUUUACCUGAAUGGAAACGUAAUGCCAUUGCUCAAAUGGGUUUUGGUGUUUUGAAUAAGAUUGUUUUGCAGUUUUCCGAUUGCUUCUGGGAUCCAACUAAAAGAUAUAUUUUACGUACAUGUAAUGAACCGCGCAGUCGCUUUCAUUAUGUUGUUUGUUUACCUCCACCCUCCAAUAUUCUUAUUCUGUUCGUUUCAGGUAACGAUGCCUGUGCAUUAGAAACUCUUACAGAUAGUGAAACAAUUCAACUGGCAACUUGUUUUCUUCAAAGAAUAUUUCCAGAAUCAUUCGUACCUAACGUUAUUAAGUAUAAAAUUACACGAUGGUUCAAAGAUUCGUUAAGUUUUGGUUCUUAUUCCAAUUAUGCAGUAGGUACGAAUGAAAACACUAUCGAGUUAUUAGCUCGAACGACAGCGAAUGAUCGAAUACAUUGGGCUGGAGAACAUACCAAUAUUGACGAUAAAACUGAUCAGUGGACAAUGGGAUGUGUUCAAAGUGCUUUUCAAAGUGGACAACGAGCUGCAUUAUCUAUUCAAAAUCAACUUCGUUCGUGUUCUAAUACCCAAAAUAAUUUCGAAUAA